CAGCGAGAAAUGAAAGGAUUCAUGUUUAUGAAGAUAGAAAGGAAGCAUUACAAGCUGUCAAAAUGAUCAAAGGAUCUCGAUUUAAAGCUUUUUCAAGUAGAGAAGAUGCUGAGAAAUUUGCUAGAGGAGUUUGUGAUUAUUUCCCUUCUCCAAGCAAAGCCUCUUCACCACUUUCUCCUGUGAAAAUAGCACCGCUCUUUGGCAGCGGUGGACUGAAAGAUGGUUUGUACUCCUCUGAGUCAGAAACUAUAAACAGAGAACGAGCAAACAGUUAUAAAACCCCCCGUACUCAGGAUCUCACUGCCAAACUUCGAAAAGCUGUGGAGAAGGGAGAAGAAGACAUUUUUUCUGAUCUCACCUGGAGUAACCCCCGGUAUCUGAUUGGUUCAGGGGACAAUCCAACCAUCGUGCAGGAAGGAUGUAGGUACAACGUUAUGCAUGUUGCUGCCAAAGAGAACCAAGCUUCGAUCUGCCAGCUGACUCUGGAGACCCUGGAAAACCCUGAGUUUAUGCGGCUCAUGUACCCAGACGAUGACCCGAACAUGCUGCAGCAGCGCAUUUGUUACAUCGUGGACCUGUAUCUGAACACUCCUGAUAAAGCGGGCUAUGACACACCGUUGCACUUUGCUUGUAAGUUUGGGAAUGCAGAUGUGGUCAACGUGCUGUCUUCACACCCUUUGAUUGUAAAAAAUCCAAGGAAUAAAUAUGAUAAAACUCCUGAAGAUGUCAUUUGUGAAAGAAGCAGAAAUAAGUCUGUGGAACUGAAGGAGCGGAUUAGAGAGUACUUAAAGGGCCACUACUACGUGCCACUCUUGAGAGCCGAGGACACAUCCUCUCCAGUGAUUGGGGAGUUGUGGUCUUCAGACCAGACGACCGAGACCUCUCACAUCGGCCAUGGUGGAGGCGGCCCCAGAGACCCUGUUCUGACCUUGCGAGCCUUUGCAGGGCCCCUGAGCCCAUCCAAGGCAGAAGAUUUUCGCAGGCUCUGGAAAACGCCGCCUCGGGAGAAAGCAGGCUUCUUUCACAACGUCAGGAAGACGGAUCCAGAAAGAGGCAUCGAGAGGGUGGGAAGGGAGCUGGCUCAUGAGCUGGGGUAUCCAUGGGUCGAAUACUGGGACUUUCUGGGCUGUUUUGUUGAUCUGUCUUCCCAGGAAGGUCUGCAAAAACUAGAAGAAUAUCUCACUCACCAGGAAGCAGGCAAAAAAGCCCAACAGGACUCAGGAGAAAAUGAGGCCUAUCAUCAGGAGAGCCCCUCUGCCCUUGGCCGUGCUCGGAAGUGCAGCAAUUCCAUCUCUGUGAGGGCAUUUCUGGAUGAAGACGAUGACUUGAGCUUGGAGGAGAUUAAAAAUCGACAGAACACGGCUCGAAACAACACCCAGCCCACAGUUAGCGCUUUUGGGGACUCGAAGUGUGACAUCCUUCCCUUGGAGCAGGAGACCAACCUUAUAGAAGCCUCCACCCUGACCAGUCCCCACAGCAGCAAGAAUGGGUUCUGUAGCCCCCUGAGUGGCAGCAGGACCCUGGGCAGGAAGAGGCCAGAGGCCCCCGGCACAGGGGAAGCUCUCAUCUCACCGGUCUCAGGCUUAAUGGUCAAGUUCGAUAAACUGAAUUUGCAAGGUCUAGAAAGUAAUUUUUCUAAGACACCAAGUAAAAAUAUGAAAACUAGAGACAAGAAGAGCUUGACAUCAAGAGUGGAUGCAGUCGAGAGUGACUUGUUAGAGCCGCCUGCUGCUGACACACUUAGAAACAACCAAACCAGGACAGAACGCGAAAUGUCAGCCAAAAUGGCUAAGAUACGUCUGGGUCCCGACACUCCUGUGCAUGAGGCUCAGCAGAACUGUGGUUCCGUGUCCUCAGAGCCCUCAGGGAUCUCCGCUACGAAGGAGCCUGUCCAGAGGCUCUUCCUUUUUGGAGAGGAGCCGUCAAAACUGGAUCGAGAUGUUUUGGCAGCUCUGGAGUGUACAGACGUGGACCCUCAGCAGUACCCAGCCGUCCACAGAUGGAAGAGUGCCAUCCUGUGCUACUCCCCCUCUGACAGACAGAGUUGGCCAAGUCCUGCGCUGAAAGGGAAGCUGGAGUCUCAGCAGCUGGAUCUUGGUUGUCCCCACAGCUGCAGCCCGGGGAGAAGCCCCGGGAAGCCCGGGCCCGCACCCCACUCCCCGGGCCUGGGCAGCCCUGGGCGCUAUAGCCCCGCAAAUGGGAGCCACCUCCGCAGAAUGGCGCGCCUGGCCCAGCUCACAGCCUUGUAGAGCUGGGGCAAGCUGCUGGGCGUCUCAUUGUCUUGUUUCUAAAGGAAGAAGGGUCAUGUGUUUAUUGCUAGAAUUUACCAAAAAGAAUAGACUUUGAUUAAUUUAUUAGUCCUCAUUUUGAGAGUAAAAGAUUUUUAGAAAGUGCAGAUGUUUUGUAUAAAAUUUAGUUUUCUGGUGUUUUGGGAGAAGCUGAUGGAAGCAAAUCCAGUUACAAACUUUCUGAAAAUCGUCAGUGUGUAACGAUGUGGACUUAAGUUCGCCAUUCCCAAGCGUCAGAUGCCAUUCCCAUUGUGUGUGCACCAGAAACCCAGGUGAAUGCUGGGGCUGGGCUGCCCGUAGCUGCACUCGCUUCAACUCCGUUCUUAACAACAAAGAUGAAUUUAGUGCCAUCUUCCUUUUCUGGGAAGGGUCUCUGACUUUAGUUCCUGAUGGAAAAUCUUUGUUUUGCCAGUCGGUCCCAGUGGGUUCGACCAGUUGAUAAGGUGGAUGUCAGAGUAAACAAACCUGGAAAUGACUUACACUUGCAAGUUUGGGUCAUUACAAACAUUUAAACUAGUGUCCAGAAGAUAAAACUAGCUUUUGUCUGGGGAAUAAAUCCUCUGGUCCAUGGGAGUCCUGGGAACGGUCCCAGCCUUUGACAGACCAGCAGCCCUAAGGAAUCUGCACUUCUUGUUCCUUCGUUUAGUUGCCGGGGUAGUGCCGAUAAAAUGAUCUUUAAGUUCUCCGGUUUUGAGAUUUAUUGCAUAUUUCCAAAUUCACUUCCUUUGGAUUUCCUUUAUAAAAGAGUGUUGUGUUUUAGUACAGAAACUAGAGAUUUAUCUUUUGAGUCCUGGUCAGUUACCUUACUGCAUUUAUUUUAGCUUCCUCUUGGCCAUGACCUUCUGGGGGGGCUCUGCCUGGAGCAUGGGGGUCACCUUAGAACCACUGCCACGAUUGAUACCCAAAACUACACACCUGAGUUGAGGGUUGACUUCUCUCCGGUG